GCUCAGAAGAUUCACAGUGUUGUUAUACCAAUAAGUGGCGGUUCGUUGUAUAAAUCUCCAUGUUUUUGUCAGACAGUUGAAAUGGAAAUAUAUUAAAAAGCCUUGUUCUAUUUCACUGACUGCUGACAGAUCAUUCGAAAAUAAGUACCUAGAGUAACUGUUGUACUAGCACUUGUUCCCAAGCUGUUCGACCAAAAAAAUGCAGGCAGUUGCAUCCGGAGGCCUCGACGGAUCUCAGGAUGCCCAAGGUGUUGCGAAUACCAAGGAGGAAACCGCAAUAGCAGCAGGCGCUUACGGCACAGAAAAUCAACUAAAAUGAUGUUCGUAGGACUCUACUUGCUCAAUGAAUGUGUAGCCCACUCGUUCUCUAAUAGGCAACAACCGGCGCUCCACUCUCAGAAAAAAACGCUGCCACCAGUGCCACAACCACUACCGCCUCUUCUGCGUGGAACAAUAAGCUUUAUUAAGGCUGUAGCUAAUGCAUCUUUGACUGCAUCCUUGAAAGAACGUAUGGGGGAGUAUGUAUGCCAGUGCGAUACUCUGGCAUACUUUUCAAGGAUGCAGCUGGAAGAUGAAUUACGGAGAGCGUUAACUUUAUCCUGUGGUUCUACCAUACUUGCGAGAAGCGUUGCAGUGGCUGCUAGAAGCAAGAGUGGCAAAUCCACUUUUGUUUUUAGGACUGUAUUUCCAGUUCACUGCUGUGCCUGGAGGGGGUGGUGUUACGCAAGCUUUCAUUAAGGUUAGAGUAAAGGCGUUCCUGUUACCGUUUGUUUUGACGCUUCUACGGGGUAAAGGCAGAACAAACGGGGAGCAGAAACACCAAAACCCUGCCUCUAAUGCCAGGCUUUUGCGAUGGAAAAGCUAUCAGGAUGCACCAGAUAGCUUGAAUUUAUGAUAUGAGGUAGAUUUUAACAUUUGUAAAGAAGAAGUCUCCUAUUCCAUCUACAUUUGUCAGGAAUUAUGGAUUGAGCUGUCAUUUUCAUUUUUUCGAGUUCUCCUGUCAGGAAUGAUGGGAAAUUGGUUUUUCAGCUCUCUAGGUACACAAGAGUACAACUUCUAGGUAUCUUUUUCUAUCAUUUUCAGAGUCCGGGAGGACUCUACUCUAAUUUGUGGGCAAAUAUACGACGCCUAUCUGAGGCUGAAGCGUGAAGACAGUGGCGAGGCUGAGCGAAGCGAUGUCAAGCUCUUGGUGAAUCUUUUGCUUUUUUCUGUGCCCUUCACUUUGCGAGAGAAGGUUGUAGAAUUACUGAAGGACACGGAGAGCACUAUGCCCUUUCACCGCUUUGCAGUAGUGAUGCAUGCGACCUAUGGCAUGCGGUCGUUUUUUCUACAUGCGAAACGGUUGUUCGAGCUCGCGUCAGGCCCGAUUAGCGUAGCUGCCUUACUCAAGGAUGGGGCGGAACAUCAUUAUGAGAUAGUGGUGACAAGAUGUUGUUCUUCAGCGUACAACUUUAGCAUACGUCUUAUAAAUAUUGUGAGUAAAAAUUUUGUUACUAGGAAGAUGUUGAAGAUGGUGUACUUCGCUCAUGUCUGACAUCUCCAAAAUACAAGACAAGUGUCAAUUUUGGUCGUCUCAUUGGAUACCUUGGUAUAUUGGAUGGUGUCUGUGUCUUUCGUGCUUAAUGUCCAAGAAUUCGACAACACCAGCAUGCUGACUGGCGACGGCGAAGAGACGCAAGAGCCACCUGUUUGUGAUGUGGAGGAGGUAUAGCGCUCGAAAUUCUGCAAUUAUACAUAGGAAAUUUUGAUUACAAGGCAACGAGGAGAUCGCUUGACUAAAACCAGAACUUACUCAAGGAAAGUUUCAACUUGUGUGCCCUUAAGGCAGUCUGCACUGUACUUUGUGCGAGAUUAAUUGUAUUGUCUCGUAUUGUAUUGUAACAUGUUCCGUGCUCUCGUCUUUCGCCCUCAGAUUGUUCGCCUUUAUAAGGAGGAGAUAGAUGCGGAAAAUGGUAUGGGUGGACCUAGGACACCUUCUGCAACCGCAAUACGAGCGGCAUCGGACCAGAUUCACCAGAGGGAGCUCGAACGAUACGAGUACCUCGUCAGCCAGCGAGACCACAGAGCUUGCAUUUAUGAAAUUGGUUGUUGAGUUUCUUAUUCCUAUGGCUUUGAGUCUUUAUAUUUCCUAUCUAUGGUUUAUGUUGCUAGAACCAGGCAGAGGGCGCUGCCUCAUUCAUCGUGUGCGUGUGCGUUCAAUCGGUCUGUCCGCGGACGUUCUCCCUACCAAACAAAGCCCCUCGCAGGCGCUUGCGCCUUGAUCAUUGAUAUCUAUCCUCCUUCAUCUCUCCGGCGGUGUGUACAUAGUGAAGACAGCUACGAUCGCGAACGAGGCGCCACUCGAACGACCAGUGGCUGGUCGGGUUACGUUUUCCAAGUGGUGCGACCUUUUGUGGGAGGCAUGCCAUGUGCAUGAGAAACAGUUAAGGAAUGCCGAUAGAAUUUCAAUACAGUACCGACACUUGAGUUCUAGCUUUUGCAGAGUUUGUUUCUAAUGUGAAGGAAGCCAAGAUGGAAAUAAUAGUACUUGUUGUGAUCUAUGAUCACGUACAACUAUUUCUACUAGAACCAAACAUUCCAACUAGUUUCAAUAAAAAUGGAGAGUCAUAAGCCCUGUGCGUGCUAAGAAAAGAGGAGGAAUCGAAGCAGCAGGAAGAGGACGCAGCCACUGACGCAGUAGCGACCAGCAGCGCAGGGGAGGACGACUAAUUUCAAAAAUAAACUUCUGAAUCUCUUGCCAAGAUUCGAUCUAAUAGUUCUUUUUCAUACUUCUAUCUUCGACAGACGAGGUUCACGCAAGUAGUCUAAAGCGCCAAGACUUUUCUAGAGAACUACAAUAAUCAACCCUUAUUAAAUAGCAGGAA